AUGACCUCGAAGUUAGAAGAAUUACUGGAGUGUAUCAUCUGCGACACUGGAGCUUUUAUCAAAUGUGAUCGUUUAGACAAAAUUGGAAAGGAAAUUUAUACCCUGACCGAUGUCAUUGGCGAAAUACGCGAUAAAGUGACAAGGGAGAAAUUAAAUGUGUUACCUUACGAAAUCAAAUUUAGGGAACCAAAAGCAGAAAGUGUUCUUGCGGUGAGCAGAUAUGCGAAAAAGACGGGUGAUUUUUCAAGCUUAUCAGCUGUAGAUAUCCGUGUCAUGGCAUUAACGUAUCAAUUAUACACCGAACGCGGUGGUAAAGACAUCAUAGCAAGUAAACCUGCUAAAUUAAUAGCUAAGCCCUCUUAUCUAAAUGAAAACAAACUCAAAAUAGAAUCGGACUCCUUUGAGUGUGAAAAAGAUAAAAUUAAAGCUAAUGUUUCAGAAAAGUUAAUAUUACAAGAGAGUGAUUCUUCAAUAGACGAUGUUAACACUAGCGGAAAUGAAGCAAGUUCUGAUACCGAUGAUGAAGGAUGGAUUACUCCAAGUAAUAUUAAACAGUUAAAUGGCAGUUCAGACCGUGAAGAAACCUCUCUUGAAUUACCCGUCAAAGUUGCUUGUAUAACUACAGACUUUGCUAUGCAGAAUGUCCUAAUUCAAAUGGGUAUACCUAUCGUAUCCGUUGAUGGUUACCUAAUCCGUCAUCUGAGAAGCUAUGCUUUACGAUGUCAUUCAUGUCUAAGAAUUACCAAUGAUACCAGCAAGCAAUAUUGCCCAUCUUGUGGAAAUAAAACCCUGUUGAAAGUGACUGUCAACACCGAUGAUAAAGGAAAUAGACAAUACUUUUUGGUCAAAAAUAAACGCAUCAACACUAGGGGGAUGAAGUAUCCACUACCAUUACCGAAAGGUGGCCGCUUUAGUAAUAAUCCAAUAUUAAGUGAAGAUCAGGGUACUAACCGUUUACAAAAACCACUAUCACAACGAAAGAAAUUGAAUGUAUUCGAUCCUGAUUAUAUCGCCAGAUCUUCUCCCUUUCUGAUUAAUGAUGUUCAUAGUCGCGCGGCGAAACUACAAUUUCAAGGUGCAGGGCACCAGAAAUCUCGAAGAAAAAAUCCGAAUGAAGUAGUCAAGAAAGGAAAGCGGAAA